AUGGACAGGGAAAGGAACCAGCAAAUAACCAGGGCCUUGGCAAUAGCCGAAAAUAACAUGCAGAUGGCUCAAACUACUAUGCAGUCUAUGUUAGAUAUAAUAAGAGAUACAAACACACAAGUUCCGGGUAGGAUGCUCAAUAUACUUCACAGUGGUGCUCAUUCUAUUGGCCUAGAGGUGAAUGGUUAUGUGAUAGAUCCUGCUUCAUUUUUUUCUAAUGGAAAGUCAUUCUGCACAUGUGACAAGGGGCAGAUGUUGCAGACAUAUAAUUACGAACUGAGUAACCAAUCUACUGUGACUGAAUUCAUUCUAUCUGGAAUCUCACCUUACCCUAAUCUACAGAUACCUCUCUUUGUGAUUUGUUUAAUAGUAUAUAUUAUAACAAUGCUUUUUAAUCUUGCUAUUGUUUUACUUAUAAGUGUAACACCAGGACUGAAAAAGCCAAUGUACUUUUUUCUUAUAAACUUAUCAUUAAUAGACAUAGUUUACUCAUCAAAUAUUACACCCAAUACACUGGCUAACCUUGUCUCUGAGAUAAGAUCUAUCUCCCUAAUUGGCUGUGCAACACAGAUGUAUUUCUUCAUUGCACUGGGAAGUUCUGAGGGAACUCUCCUUGCUGUUAUGGCCUAUGACAGAUAUGUGGCAAUAUGUAAACCGUUAUAUUAUUCACUUGUUAUAAACACAAAAACCUGUUUGCAGCUACUUUGCAUAACAUACAUUACAGGAUUUGUUAAUUCCUUUAUACAUACAUUUGCUGCAUUUAGGUUAUCAUUUUGUUCUUUAAAUCAUAUUAAUCAUUUCUAUUGUGACAUCAAUCCCAUCUUAGCACUGUCAUGCACUGACACAUAUUUUAAUGAGCUUUUUCUUUUUAUAUUUGCUGGUUUUAUUGAAGUAGGUUCUUUGUUGUCUAUAGUGGUAUCAUAUGUCUUCAUUCUAUUUGCUUUAUUUAGAAUUACUUCUACUGAGGGGCGACACAAAUCUUUUUCCACCUGUGCCUCUCAUUUCACUUGUGUGGCUGUAUUUUAUUGCCCUAUUCUUUUUAUGUACUUAAGACCUUCCUCUUCAUAUUCAUUGAAUCAGGAUUGGGUGUUGUCCGUUUUCUACACAAUCAUCAUUCCAAUGUUGAAUCCUAUAAUUUACAGUUUAAGAAAUCAAGAAAUGAAGAAGGCACUACAGAAGCUAAAAUAUCUGUGUCCAUAA